UUGAAGAGGAAGAUUCAAAUGAAGUACAGGCCAAUGGCAGGCUGGGUAAUGAUCCCAGGUGAUUUUCAAACUAUCAUGUUUAUUGAUACUACUAAGGCGAACAAAACAAUCUAGUAUAUUAGCUCUCUAAUUUGUGUUUUUGCAAAAUGCAUUUGACGUGUUUUAAGAAGUGCAUUUUUCAUAGAAAAAAGUACAAAUAUUUAUCAAACUAUCAUGUUUAUUUAAUAAUACUACUAAGGCAACCAAAACAAUCUAGUAUUAGCUCUCCAAUUUGUGUUUUUGCAAAGUGCGUUUGACGUAUUUUAACAAGUGCGUUUUAAGAGCAUGCCUCGCAGGCUACAUUUUGCAUAGAAAAAAAGCACAAAUAUUCCUUUUCUGUGCGGGUCAACAAACAAAAUUUGGCGAAGUACAUAAUUUGAACACUUGUAUGCAGUUGGCCAGCGAUAUAUAGUAUUGAAUAUUGUCGCAGCUGUUCGUUGCGGUCAGACUUGUCAUAGAGAAUUUGUCGUACGUGGUUUCUAUAUGGUAGUAACGGUCGUAAAAAGAGUCACGAUCUUUCUCAUCAGCCGAAAUACAACAUUUUAGAACUGAAAAUACGCGGAGUGAAAUAGAACUAGAGAAUAUUUAUAUGUGGUUUACAGGUAUAAACUAUAUAUAUAAACUGGCCGUUGAGAAAGAUCGUGACAGUCUAUUUUUGCGACCAUGCAUUAUGACCAUAUGGAAACCAUUCUUAAGAAAUAAAACUCGACAAAUAAAACUUGCCCUGCAUGCUCAAUGCAAUUUUCUAGAUGCAAUUUUCAGAACUCUUUUGAUGCAACAGCAAAUGCAGCCCUCGAAAAAAGUCAAAUUUGAUGUCUGCAAAACAAUGCCGCCGGUCUAAAUCUUGGCACAAUCCAAAUUUGGUGUUUCCCACGACCGUAUUUUUAAUAUCCUUACGGCUGCUUUCCAUUAGAAUUACUCGACAAGCCUCGCAGUUUCCCUGACUGUACUAGGAAAGAAUUACAAGCUGCGAACAAUUUAGGUACCGUCUGGUGUCGCAGUUGUAAGACUGGUAAGGAUUAACGAACGAACACUAUGGCUCUUUAAACUGCUGUCGGCAGCUGAAAAAAGAUAGCUCUAUAUUGAGUCUACGUUUCCACUAUACGGGAUAUCUUUCCGUAUAGCGGCGCGAAAAAGCACGUAUCUGAUACGGAAUGUACAACUUUCAGAAGCUGAGCGAAACAACAUCUCUCCGUUGCAAUAAAAUAUAGCGUUCCUAAAAGGUACAGAUAGGUGUUUUUUCACGUCGCUAAGGGGAGCUAUCCGGCACACUGUGUUGGCCCAUUUCCCCUCAAGAAAAAUUUUCUCGGCCCGAAAAUUUUCCGAAAAUAUCAUUGUUAAAAGUUUAAAAUUUUCAACUUUUUUCCGACGGAAAAUUUGUGUCGGCCAAUCCCCCAUUUUACAAAUUUUUUUUCUGCGGAAAAUUUUUCCGAGUGGAAAUGGGUCUUGGGAACUGGAAUGAGGUCGGCAAAAAAAUGUCGACCUGAGUGGUAUUGCCCCGAAUGCCGACUUCGUUUUCGAGGGCUGUAAAUGUUGUGUCCCCCAAAAACUGGUGGAAAGGACUAACUUAGAUUUUGAUAUUUUACACUUGAAUUUACAUGCAAUAUUGACUGCACUAUCGAUGUUUGAACGUUGAACUACUGUUUUUAAAAAUGCCAAAAAUUAGCAUAAAACAACCUUAUAAUUACCGAUGUAGUUCUACUUGUUAAAUAAUAAAUAUUUUUAUUUUGGUUGUAUCUCGCUCAAUAUUGCAUGUAAAUUCAAAUGUUAUAUAUCCAAAUCUAAGUUAGUCCUUUCUGAAUGCAAUGAUCUUGAUUUCAUUGCGAUAGCUUUUAUAGCUUUUACGUUACAUGUAAUCAAACAAUGUCCGGGUUUUUUUUGGACACCCAGUAUAACAUUUCUUAAUGAAUUUUGGGUCAGUCUAAACGCCAGUUUGGUACACGGCAAAAAGAACAUCAAAAGGCUGUUUCAACUUUAGACAAGGGAAAAUCAGCUUUAGCAGAACAUGUAUGUUACACCAAACACGAGAUUGCGUGGGAAAAACUCUAAAGUAAUUACCACAAACAAUCGCUAUGGUCAAAGACUUUGCCUAGAAGCGUGGCAUAUAAAUAUGAGUAAUCAUGCUUUGAAUAGGGAUGACGGUGCCUAUUUGCCAGAGGAAUACAUGCAUCUCAUUGGCAGGUGACGUCAUCCCUUGGGUAUUUAAGAAGCCACGAUUGCAGUUUUAGAUCACCCCUGAUGAAGACACUAAACUGGAGUGUCGAAACGUUGGGUCUUAAAUCUUGAUUACAAUUCGACUGGGCUUUGUAAUCAUUUAUUUAAACCAGAGUAGCGAGCGAAACAUGACAUUUCUUAAUGUUGGUAUAUCAUUUAGAGUGGUGACUGUACAGACAUGUGACGUAUCGUAUCGCGAUGUGAAACGCGACGAUCCUGCAGAAGAUGAUGAUAGUUCGAGUGAUCACGGCGCAAACUCCACUACUGAAUCUGAGGAUGAGGAGGAAUUCAAUGGCAUUGUUUUACGUAAGUCUUUGGUCACUGCUAGAAAAUGUCCACCAGCGCCAGCAGCACCAGGGAAUUUUAACAAAAUAUCUUCUUACCGACUUGACCUCGUAGUUCAGUUGGCAGAGCAUUGGACUAGUAUCUCAAAGGUCGCGGGUUCGUUUCCCACCCUGGUCAGGCAAACUUUUCAGCUUGCCCGGUGUGGAUGCCAGGCUUUUAGCCAGAAGGGCGUCCGUCCUGGCACGCCCUUAGAACAAAACGUGGACGCCUUUGGACGCCCAAAUUCUGGGGGGAAAGGGAAAUUAUUUUCAAUGAUUCCCUAAGUAUAUUAACAUAUCCGAAACGAAAUAGCUUCAAUUCUCAUUAUUAUUAUUGUACAUUUGACAUUUUGAUCAAUUUGAUGGUGUACCUGGCUGAAUGAAAAUGUCGUAGUUAAGUAAAGAAGCAUAGCGGCACAAACUCACAAAGCCAAGUGUGUUUGAAAAUUUUCAAACGAGGUUGGAAAGAUACUAACAUGAAGAAACAUAAACUUCAACGGUUUUCCAGAGGAACGGUUUUCUCUAAUCCCCCACCCCUCUUAUGGUAGAUCUAUUGUUAUGUCAAAAUUGGACGCCCUCUUUUAGGACCCUGGCUAAAAGCCUGUAUCGGGGUUCUUAAUUAUCGGUUAUUCGAUAUUUGGGUUUUUUUUGCUAUUUUCACACACCGAAAAUAGUGGAAAUAUGCUCAGAAUGAUCGUAGAUCUAUCUAUAUGAAUGUAGAUCUAUUGUUAUGUCAAAAUUGGACGCCCUCUUUCAGGACCCUGGCUAAAAGCUUGUAUCGGGGUUCUUAAUUAUCGGUUAUUCGAUAUUUGUUUUUUUGCUAUUUUCACACACCGAAAAUAGUGGAAAUAUGCUCAGAAUGAUCGUAGAUCUAUCUACAGUAUAUGAAUGUAGAUCUAUUGUUAUGUCAAAAUUGGACGCCCUCUUUUAGGACCCUGGCUAAAAGCCUGUAUCGGGGUUCUUAAUUAUCGGUUAUUCGAUAUUUGGGUUUUUUUUGCUAUUUUCACACACCGAAAAUAGUGGAAAUAUGCUCAGAAUGAUCGUAGAUCUAUCUAUAUGAAUGUAGAUCUAUUGUUAUGUCAAAAUUGGACGCCCUCUUUUAGGAUCCUGGCUAAACGCCUGUUGGAUGCACACUCAGAUUAACAUGCACAAGCAACAUUUUUAAGUCAAAAUUUCUAAUUCAUCUUCAAUAUUUAAUACACAUAUUGUGCUAACAGUUAACCUCCCCAAUCAAAUUACGACUUGAAGCUUGGGAUGUGCUACAAACGUCAAUCUUAAGCUCACUGGAGGGGUGUUCUCGUUUCAGAAUGGGCAUCGAAGUUGAAAAGAAGAGACAGCUUGGCAUCAAAACUGAAUCAGAGACCAAGUAAACACGAUUUAGAAGAGAGAAAUAUCCUCCCAG